AUGCCCCAAGUUGGGCUUCCAUCAGAACUCUCAUUUUUGAUACCUAUUUUGAACUCUAUAUUUUGGAUUGAACGUUCAAAACAAGUUAGUACUCUUGCUAUUCAAACAAACGCACCUUGGAAUCUUGUAAGAAUCUCAGAACAUAUGCUUCGAGUUCCAUCCAUCUAUCGAUACCUUGCAGAUGGCCGCGGUGUCGAUGCAUACAUUAUCGACUCGGGUAUCCAAAGCUCAAAUGUCGACUUUAAAGGGCAUGCUACUACUAUAGCUGACUUUACCAAUUCCGGGCUUACCGACGCAUAUGGUCACGGCACGCAUGUUGCUGGCAUUGUUGGUUCUCAAACCUAUGGAGUUGCCAAGAGCGUCAAUUUGUUGGGCGUACGUGUGAUUAACUCGAGCGGAACCUCCGAUUGGGCCACUGUAGUUGCAGCGCUUUCUUGGGUUUAUAACCGUGUAAAGAUGACAAAAAGACCAUCCGUGAUCAACAUGUCGCUUGGCGGCCCCAUUUCCGUAGCCUUGAAUGCUGCAAUUAGCGAUCUUGAGGCCUUGAAUGUGGCUGUUGUUGCUGCUGCCGGAAAUUCCAGGAGCGAUGCAUGCAUGUAUUCACCUUCGUCCUCGACAUCAGCGAUCGUUGUCGCUGCUUCUGAUUAUAAUAAUGCCUGGUUUGCCAUGUCCAACUUUGGUUCAUGCGUUGAUAUGAUUGCACCUGGCUCUUAUAUUACCUCUACUUUUAUUGGAAGCAAUAGGUCAGUUGCGGCGAUGACAGGAACAAGUAUGGCUGCGCCUCAUGUGACCGGGGUGGUCGCUCUUCUUCUUUCAAUGAAUCCCACUCUCACCGUUUCUCAGCUGAAGCUUAUCCUGACAAUUACGUGCACCAAUGGGAUAGUUUCUGGCAUCCCGAUCGGUCGUACCCCCAACCGAUUUUUAUAUUCCCUUGCAACCUUUUGA